AUGCCUCCAACAGAAGGGAAUAGACCUCAAGAACUUCCUGAAUUCACCUUGAAAAAUGUAUUGACUGACAUAUAUAAUGCUAUAUAUGGGCUUUUAUUUGAUCCUGACUACAAAAGAUUAGUGGGUCCUAUAAUUGCAAUAGUAACAUCGAUUGGUACAAAAGUGAUUAUAGCCAAAGUCCCUUAUACAGAAAUCGAUUUCAACACUUAUAUGCAACAAAUAGAAGUUGUAAAUGAUGGCGAAUUGGACUACAGUUUAAUCAAAGGUGAUACAGGACCAGCUGUUUAUCCAGCAGGAUUCAUCCAGGUGUACCAAUUCAUUUAUUGGUUGACCAACAACGGAACAGACAUUUUAACUGCACAGACUAUAUUUUCCUAUUUGUUCACUCUUUCGGUAAUCAUGGCAAUGUUCACGUAUACUGGAGUAAGGCCGUGGGUAUUGAUUUUGCUGGUAUGCAGCAAGAGGCUUGUUUCAAUCUAUGUUUUAAGAUUAUUCAAUGAUGGGUUUACUACUCUCGCCAUGAUUGGUGUUACCUUGGUUCUUCAACAAACAGCAUAUUGGUAUGCUACCUUGGGGCCCAAUUUGACGUUUGCUGCUACAUGUAUUGCAGCAGAUUUGUUCAGUAUGGCUAUUUCCGUCAAGAUGAAUGCUCUUUUGUACUUGCCUGGAUUCAUAGUGGUGAUCUACUUUUUGAAUGGUGAGAAUUUGUUAAAGCUGUUGACAACCCUAUUAAUUAUCCCCUUAGUUCAAGUAAGCAUUGGCUGGAAGUUUUUGUUGCCUCUUUUCAAUGACGAAAUGGCCAAGUAUUUGAGAUGGACUUACAUCAACCAGGCCUUUAAAUUUGAUAGAAAAUUCUUGUAUGAAUGGACUGUUAACUGGAAGUUUGUCUCAGAGGAAACCUUUCUUUCGGAUGAGUUCAGUAAUGGUCUCCUCAUCGGACACGCAUCAUUAUUACUUGUUUUUUGUUUUACUAGGUACCUUUCUCCCAAGGUUACUGGAAAAUCAGUUGCAGUGCUAAUCGGAGACUUUUUCAAAGUAUUCGCCAGCACCGUGUCAAAGGACAAUUUGCUUUUAAAUCCAGACUCUGGUCCCAGACUCGUGAUGCUUAUCUUGAGUACAAGUAAUGUAAUUGGUGUCCUUUUUGCAAGAUCAUUACAUUAUCAAUUUCUUUCCUGGUACUGUUGGCAAUUACCAUUCUUGAUGUCGACUGCCAACCCCUACUUGACAAUCCCAUUCUGGUUUGCCCAUGAAUAUUGUUGGAAUGUAUUCCCAGCUACUGCCGAGAGCUCGAUAUUACUAAACGUUGUGUUGUCUCUUACUCUCAUGGGAGUGUGGGCAAACACCAGUGCCUGGUUCAAACAUUAA